GUUUUAACUGGAUUGGCACUGUACUUUGUGAUAUACCCCACUUCAAUGGUUAAAAGUAGUAGGUCACAUGACUAGCUCGGACAGGUGUAUGUUAACUCCACCCCAGCAACUUCCGAGCUAAAGAAUUGAGUGAGCAAAUGGAGGCGGCGAAAGGAAAAACCUCAAUCGCAACUUCUUCUCACGAUCUCCACGUCCUUUCCCAUCCACCCACCCGCUAUAUCAACACCACCACAUCCUUUAAUAUACUCGUCAAUCGAGCAUAUUCACAUAAUUAAAGGACAAAAUGCUGAGGACUACGACUGCUCGAUCGGCCGCUUCGGCUAUCACCCGUGUCGCCAGGGUAAACGCUGUUAGAGGUUUUAUUGCCCCCACCGUAUCGCGACGAGCCGACUUCGUCCAAGAGCUCUACCUCAAGGAACUCAAAGCCUACAAGCCCACACCCGUCAAAGACUCCGACGCAGUCGGCCACGUACAAACCUUCACAGCCCCCAAGACACCCAAGUCGCCCGAGGAGGCCGACCUCGCCAGCAGCCUAAAGGAAUACGAGAGCAUGGCCGUCGAGGUCGAGGGUAACGAGGGUGUUGCUGCCGGCUCUGCGCCUGCCGUUGUCGAGGAUUGGCUCGUUGAGGAGGAAGAGGAGGAGGGUGCUCACCACUAAACUUGAUCAAUUGAAUAUGAGAAAUAGAUCCACGACUUACCUAGACAGACGCAAAAGUUCUUGAGGGGAAAUAGAAGGGAGAAGAAACAAGACAGGGGAUGCGUAUGGCAUUUUACCUAGCGUAGUGCCAGCCAUCACCCAGAAGAGGUGAAGAGGAGAGUAAUUCACGACUGUACAUUUAUUCCUAGGAUCGCCGUUGCCGAAUCAUCAAAAAGAUCCUUCGUUCCAUAAAA